AUUAAAAAAGCGAGGGAGGAAAACGAAAGGUAGGCGGGUUGAGGAGCGGCGCGUCGAGAGCCCCCCUCGCUUUGUUCCUCGCGUCCCGAAGGCGAAAGCGGAGCCGCCUUGGCUUGUGCAUAAUUCUGUCGUAUUGAUUCUGCUCCGAGUUGUUCAUUUCGAUCUGGUGGAAUAUACGGAAAUAUGUUGGAAUCGAUGGAGCUUGAAGAGAAGAAAGUAACGCACGAUUUCCUUUCGCUUUACGCCGCGGAUUCCUCUUUCGAACCCGAAGAUCCAAGGUCUGCUUCUCAAGGUUUCUAUUUGAAGACCCGAGAUUUUUUGCAGCCGCUGGAUGAUGGGCGAGAGCAAGGGGGAGGGAGAAGCGGGGAGAUGGCGGCGGAGAAGGCAGUUACCGGCGGGGCAGUCCCUUCCUGCACCGGCCACUCCGGCGACGCCAGGGUGAGGACGGGUGACGCGCGGCAGCCUGACACUACUCCGGUGCGGGUCGCGAUUCCUAUCGGGUUUGAGGCGAAACCCGAACCCGAUUACGGCAGCUGGAGUACCACUACUAGUUACGGUUCCUACGCUGGUGUUCCCUACGGAGUGUGGGACGACAAAACUGCCGUGUGCAGAGAACAGUGGCCUUCCCCCAUCAUUGACGCUGCCCAUGGCAAUGGAACUGGAACCAUCUCAGCUACAACUACUGCGACAAGCUCACAAAGGCGCUUGACUCCAGAAAUGAAAGGGACAUACAAGGAAGUUGACAAUGAUGAAGUUUUGGGAAAGAGAAAAUGCUCAUCCUCCCAUACAGAUAUGACCAUCAAAGUACAUGGUAGAGGGAGCAGCUUAAAUGAACCAAGGCCAAAUACACCACGGUCAAAGCACUCUGCUACAGAACAAAGAAGAAGAACCAAAAUUAAUGACAGUAGAUUUCAGAUAAUGAGGCAGAUCAUACCCCAUAGCGAUCAAAAAAGGGAUAAAGCAUCAUUUCUCAUGGAGGUCAUUGAAUACAUUCGCUUCUUGCAAGAGAAGGUACAAAGGUACGAGGCACCAUCCUCAACGUGGAAUCAGGACGCUGCCAAGUUAAUGCCUUGGAAGAGCAGCCAACCCACUUCAAACGGUUUAUCCAUCCCAGAUGAAGUCAUAAAAACUGAUCCUGAUCCUCCACAUUUGUUCUCAACUAAUUGUAUCGAUGGUAUCGUUCCAGUUACAAUUCCUCCAUCAGGCAAGCAGAGUUCUGCCACAACAGGUAUCAUUGCUGGCAUCUCUCACAAAACAGAACUUGCCCCCACUUGUCCAAGUAAUCUGGCUUUCACUCAGACUUGGUUGCAACCAAGGUGGUUCGACAUUCCAAAGGAAAAUUGCAUUGCUCAACCACAGCGAAAGUUGAUUCUAAAUCAAGAUAGCAUGCAGGAUCGACCAUUGAUAACUUCAUCUAGACUCACUGAUAAUAUGGACAAGGAGAGGUUCAGACUUCAGGAGCAGCUGAUCAUCGAUGAUGGCACAAUCAGUAUAUCAAAUACCUACUCUCAUGGGUUGUUGAAUACGCUAGCUCAGGCAUUGCAAAGCUCUGGUGUGGAUCUGUCUCAUGCUGGUAUAAGCGUGCAGAUUAAUCUUGGAAAGCGAGCACUGAAUAGAACUACUGCUACAUCCGCAACUUCUACUUUUAAAGGAUGCAAAAGAUUUGAUUAUAGCAGUGUAGGGAACAGCAUUGAGCAAUCCAAAGCACCCAAGAGGAGUAAGCUAGAAAACAGCUAGUGCUCAAUUUCUUGCCUCUGAUAUUACAUUGAUUCUAUCUGGACCUCAUGAAGGCUGUUGAGUUGGGUAUGUGGAGUUAUAGUGGAAUGAUUCUUGUUGUAAGUUUGAGUGGCAAUAUAAAUUUUCCUAGAAUUGGUGGAAGUGCAUGUUAAGCAUGCUCGCAAGGACAUUUAAUAUUGGACAGUAGCCAAUCAUAUCCACACUGAAAUAACAGAACCUUUCACCAAACCUCCAUAACGAGGUGGUGGGCUCCAA